AUGGAUUACGCAAAAUAUACUGGAUCUUGGACAUAUAAGCAGCUCAUUGGAGAGGCUCUUGUCCUGAACUCUUACGACGAGGCUCACGAUUUCUUUGGUACCGAUCAUGAGUACGUCUCUAUUGUAGUUGGGCGAUGGAAUGAUGAUGUUGAAUGGUACGCCCAGGCAGUCGUGGCCGGAGCUGAGCUCUACGGACCAGACUCUUACAUGCCAGGCCUUUGGGGAAAUGGCACAUGGAUAACGCUUGCCCAGCGAACAAUCGAUGAAGUUUAUGACUACUGGACACCAGAGUGCGGCGGAGGUAUUUACUGGUCGACCGAUCCAGCUCAGUCUGCUACGUACAAGUCCGGUAUCACACAGCUUGAGUUCAUUUCCCUCGCCAUGAGAACUUACCUUCAGACCAAAAAUGCAACGCUCCUACACAUCACAGAGAAGCUGCUCACUUGGAUUGUAGACUCAGGUAUGAUGGAUCUGGCGACCGGAACCGUGUACGACGGAGUUGACACUGCUGGCUGCACGGUCUUCAAGGCGCAAUGGUCAUAUUCGUACGGUCAUCUUGUAGGAGGUCUUUCUUACCUUUACCAAGCAACUGGCAACUCAUCUUACCUGUCAUAUGCAGCAAAGAUCGCCCAGACAGGAAUAGCGAAAUUCGCGCCCACUGGGGUUGCGAAAGAGCUCUGUGAAGCGAGAGGUACUUGCAACCAAGAUCAACAAGGCUUCAAAGCUAUAUUUCUCCGUCAGUUGGCGUACUUACACUCAACCACGCCGGACAAGGCAAUGAAAUCCAGUAUCUCCACCGUACUUCAGAGGUCUGCAAAAGCAGCGCUAGCUACAUGCGAUACCGACUGGAAUUGUGCAGGAAACUGGACGAACGGCUCAACACAGGGUUAUCCUCCAUUCAGAUCUACGCAUCUCGUUGCAGCUGCAUUAGUUGCUUUAGAGGGGAUCACAAAGUAAUGAGAGGGAAACACUCCUCUCUGCAAGUCAGGAAAAUUCACAGCAUUACAUGACAUCAGGCAGCCAUCGAAUCGGCAAGUUUCUCUGUACGGGUAUUCUAGAUCACAUUCGAUAUAUACCUUCUACUUCCCAGCUCAACUAUAUACAGAGAACCACAAGAGUAUUUACAAACCUCAAAGCACACGGCCUACUUGUAUGCCCUCACUCCAUCCCUUACAAGCACUGAGAGUACCAUUGAGAUUGAACCUUACAAGUAGAGCCACUUACGCAAGUCGUCGCACCAGUCCAUCCAGAACCACCACACUGGGCGUACUUCUGAGCAACAGGGCCAGAUCCCGUACCUGGAGCUGUUGUACCAGUCGGCGUGGUUGCCGCAGUGGUUGUAGGUGUGUUUCCACCUCCAGUUCCAGCCGAAGCAAGCUUCCCAUUGACGAAAGUCAAAGCUGCUUGUCCGUACUCAGUGCCAUAGCCCUGAUGAGUGGCUUGGCUGCUGCCGUUACAGCAGUAUGGAUCCGCUGCGUCACAGUAAGAUUGUAUCUUGGCUGCUGAGGGACACUGGAAGCCAGCUGGGCGGGGUGCAAACUGAAUGAGAGUUAGCAUUUCUCGAUGACAGGGUGUGGUAGAAGAGGUGGGAGCUUACGCCUGAGGCUUUGCAGGUACCGACGUUGUAUGGUAGGCCUGGGAUAUAUCUUGGGUCUCCCAUGAAGAUGGCUGCUUUUAUCAUGUUUACCGCGAAAGGUUGAAUGGGGACAGAAGUAUCUGUCAAGCCGACAUUGGUGUCACCACCUCCACAGAAGCCGUUAUCGAAGAUUUGACCACCCUGAGGAUUUUCAGCUGAAUGCUCGCUUGAAGUGGAUGGGCAUGUAUACCUGAGAGUAUCCCACAAUGACCAAGAGAGUAUUUGGACACCUGGUGUUGAACGAGUUGACGGCACUUGCGACGGCUUUCACACCAGCCAAGACGGAGUUCCCGUAACUGGCUCCUCCACACGAGGCUUGUCCGCCGCAGGCUGGGUAGACGAUGGCUUCGGAGGUAGCUCCUGGGUGGGCAUUGAGGAUCAAGUUCACGACCACUGGAAGGAAAUCAGCAUCCAACAAACGCUCGACCUAAAGGGAACCUACCACCAGCAGUUCCAUAUCCAGCGGGUGCAGUUGUCUCUCGGGCACCAAAAACGUGAAUAUUGGGACAGCUCGUUUGACGUUCCUCGACCUCAAUAGGAGAAGCGAGAGCUUUACCUAGGAGGAGAAGUGUUGCGGCAGCAGUCAGAUACAUUUUGAAGAUCGAGUGGAUUUUUGAUUACAAUAGAGCAGAAGUAAACAGAAGCGGUGCCAGAACGAAGGACAAGACCAGAGGUGAGAAGCAUAUAUCAAGAGUCAGGUACGAUCAACCUCAUGGAGUAGGUUACCAGGGCCGAGCGGAGCUACAUUAGUAGACGUCCCAUAUUUCGCACGAUUCAGUUCCGCAUGAACCAAAAAGGUUCAAGCUUUCGAUCAGGGACGAACAGUGGAGACAAACAUCUCCAUCUUUCCGAGAGAAUUUAGCCGCAGGAAGAUAUUCCCACUGGUCCUUAUUCCUUCUCAGUUAAGACAUAACACACACUAUGAGAUCUCUUGACCUCCAAGAUUUUCUCAAUCUUCAGCUACAAAGUGACCUUCUAGUCACUCAUUCGAAACGGAACUAAAAAUAUGACAGGGCUAGUGCUAAAACUAAUAGUUUCCCCGCCAUACAGGCAUAAGAAUAUUAGGCAAAAGAGCGUUCCCGGUCGGAGGAGGUAUAUCAGAUGAUCCGAAUCUGGGGACAGCUCAGCAGCAAGGCCGAACAUCACAAGUAGACUCUCAAAAAGUGUCGUAGAUCCCCGCAUCUCAUGAUCUGAACUUGCAUGCGAGCUCUUUAUCCAGGACCCGUCUCAGACCACGGCUCCGUUCCACGUGGUAUUAAGGUUGUAAGCACCUCUUGUUACACGGAAGAAUCGGGUUCGGCAUAGGCAGGCUGAAUCCUGAUUAGGGCUGGAGAGUGCCUAUUUGAGCGCCACAGAUGCGUGAGGUUGAGUGUGUUCCGGGGCUCUGAGAAAUGAAAGGAGGACUUGUACCUUGGUAACCGUGAACUCUUCUUGUGGAGUGGGUGCCAGACUGGCGGGCCUCGGCUCAAACUUCUCAAUUACACUUCCUAUGCAUUUUAUCUGCGAGCAUUCUAGACUUUCAAG